AUGCCUGGGCAAACAUCAACACAGACAUACAGACAAAGAAGGAAUCACUUCGGAUUCACAAUGCAAACAGCCGUUAUGUGCAGUCUGGCACCUUCUUUACAUUCAACAAAGUUGAAUCAGAACAUGAGGUCUUCUUCUUCUUCUUCACCCUACGCCUUCGUACCGCUUAGGUGCCCUAAGGCGAUAAAGCAAGGUCCUAUCCUGAUACUAGUUAUAGUCAGUGGAUUCACUCUGGUGACAUAUCCGUCCUUGUCAUGGUUUCCCAACGUCAACAUUUCUUGAAUCUCUGGUUGGGUCGGGAUGGAGAUCGAACCCUUUGGAAUAAAAAAAAACUAAAAAGAACAUUCGAUUGAGGUAAAAAAAACCGCAGGUUUCAGAACUCGUCAGAAUAAAGUGGCAUUGAAACUUCAGAAUUCUGAACAAGCCAACCAAGCCCAACGAGAACAUUUACUCGGGAGAACUACUCAAAAGUUCCUAGUCAAUCUAACCUCGCUUAUUCCAAAAGAACUAUCAACACCCUGAUCCUAACCGACGUUAGCCAUUUUUUGUGAAGCCAAUCAAGAUUUUUUGAAAAACCAAGAAAACCGUUCUGAAGCGUCAUCUCAAUCGAAAAUGUCUAGAGUAUCUGAAAAAUCAAAAUCUUCUUCAACAAAGUCAAAGUGCCAUUCGAUAGCCUAGGUCUAGACAAGUCAGGUAAGAAAAGGUUCGAUGGCUUCAGAUUCAAUCAAGCAAUGUGGAAAAGGAUGACCAAACCAAAGAACAGAAUACCAGACCAACUUCCAGAACAAGUCUGGCCGAGCCGGGAUAUCAAGAACCUUUUCAACAAAAUCAAAGAGUCAAUCGAUACUCUAGUCAAGUGCAGUAAUGCAGAUUCGAUGACUUAAGAUCCAGCCAAGCAAGGAAAACCAAACCAAAGAACGAAAUACCAGACCAACUCCCAGAACCAGCCCCAUUAAGCAAAAAAACUCAAACCGCGAUAAGUCGGGACAAGCAGCUCGGCGUGCUCUUCUGUCGGGUCGGCUGCAUCACCAGGUGGGACGAGACGCGGUAAAAAAGAAGUAAAAUAAGGGCAGUUCGAUCGUCAGACCGGCUCGCUCACGUUCCCGCUCAACUUCCACUCUCCUUUCGCUCACCUCGUAUCCGAGCCCCCCACAGGACAAACGAACUUUGAGGCGGCUAGGGGGCCAGUCUACGCCUAUGUGCGUAUGUGUGUGUGUGCCACGCAAAAGGUCGACGUCGGCCCUGUUUUUCUUGCAGCCAAAGGACAUCUGAACGACGUUCCGAGGACUACAUAUACACACACACACACACACACAAGCACUCCCAAAGUUCUUCUUCACGUGAUAGACCAACCUCCUCUCGGAGUACUGUCGCUUCGAAUUCCAUUUGGGACUAUUCAGUUCCAAAUAGGAGCUUUUGAUGCUUUAUUUUUUGAUUAUAUUAUUCCUAUUCUCCGUUACGGUCGUUAAAGAUCCCUGCCUCUUUAAGUGCCAUAUAGAACCAUUUCGUCCAGAUUGGAGCUUUAGAUGCGUUAUUUACCGAUAUUGUAAUCAUCAUGUUCUUAGCAUGAAGCCAGUUACGGUCAUCAAGGAGUCCUGCUCCUUCGAGUUCCAUUUGGAACUAUUCAGUUCCAAACAGGAGCUUUUGAUGCGUUAUUACUUGAUAUUAUGUUAUUCCUAUUCUUCAUUACGGUCGUUAAGGAUCCCUGCCUCUUUUAGUGCCAUAUGGGACUAUUCAGACCAGAUUGGAGCUUCAGAUGCAUUAUUCGAUGUUUUGAACUAGUCCUGUAUUCCGCAUGAAGAAAGGUAGGUCAUUAAAGAUCCAUGCUCCUUUGAGUCCCACUAUUCAGACUAGAUUGGAGCUUCUGAUGUGUUACUUGAUAACACUGAAGUAGUUAUCUUCUCAUUAUGAAGCGAGUUACCGCCAUUCAGUUUCAGAUAGGAGCUUCAGAUGCGUCAUUUAUCGAUAAUGUAAUCAUCAUGUUCUCCGUAUAAAGCCAGUUACGUUCAAUGAGAGGCCCAGCUCCUUUGAGUUCCGUAUGGGACCAUUCAGUCCAGAUUGGAGCUUCUGACGCUUGAUUUUUUGAACUACCCCUGCAUUCCGCAUGAAGAAAGGUCGUUCUUAAGGAGUCCUGCCUCUUUGAGCUCCAUCUGGGACGACUAA